AUGGCCUGGACGUCUGCCCUGCUCAUACUGCUGGCCCAUCUCACAGGUUGUGGCCCUCAGCCCGUGCUGCAUCAGCCACCAUCGGCCUCUUCCUUCCUUGGAACCUCCAUCCGCCUCACCUGUGCCCUGAGCAGCAACCAUAACAUUGACAUUUACAGCAUUUACUGGUACCAGCAGAGGCCGGGCCACCCUCCCAGGUUCCUGCUGAGAUUCUUCUCACACUCAGACAAGCUCCAGGGUCCCAAGAUCCCCCCUCGCUUCUCCGGAUCCAAAGAUAUAGCCAGGAACCUGGGGUACCUGAGCAUCUCUGACCUGCAGCCAGAGGACGAGGCUGUGUAUUACUGCGCCGUGGGGCUUCGGAGCUGGGAAAAGGAGAAGAGGAUGGAGAGGGAGUGGGAAGAAGAAAAAUAGCGGACAGAUUCGGGAUCUUAGGCU